GUUCCGCGCGCACCUCCACCGCCGGGCUCAUCUCCAUUUCAUCUCCCCUCAUCUCCACUCAUCUCCACACUCAUCUCCCAGUGAUAUAUUACAGUGUGCGUGUGCGCGAGAGACCGACCAAGAGGAGGAGGCACGGUGUGUGUGCGUCGCCGUGUACGUGCAGGCGUGUGCGUGUGUCAGGGCGGCACAGCACACGGCGGCGGCGGCGGCGGCGGCGCAGCGUGGCGGCGGCGGCAGCAACGGCAGCAUCGGCGGCAUGGUGAGGUAGGGGGUGGCGCCCCCCGCCAUGGUGCCUGCCGACACUGGCGAGGAUGACGGCCUGUACCAGCCGCCCCGCCCCCCCCUGCCGGCCCCCCCUCCCUACACACACCCCCGGCCCCCCCUGCCCCCCGCGCCCUCCCGCCCCUCCCUGUCCCCCGCCCCCUCCCUCACCCGCCUCGCCCACCUGCAGCAGCAGCAGCAGCAGCACCUGCCCCAGGACGGCCCCGCGGCCCCCAGCCUGGCGCCCCAGCCGCUGCCCGGCCUGGCCCAGGGGCCGCCGCCCCACUUCCUGACGGCCCAGCGCGCCGCCACGCUGCCGGCGGGGCUGGGCCAGCUGGGGCGGGGCGGCCUGUCGCAGGGGGGGCUAACGCAGGGGGGCAUGACGCAGGGGGGGCUGCCGCAGGCGGCGAUGACCCAGGGGGGCAUGGCGCAGAGGCCGUGCUACCCCCCCUUCCAGCCGGUGCCCCAGUACCGCCCACCCCCCAACCCCCGCGUGGGCGCCGCGGGCUUGCCCCCCUCCCCCGCGGGGCCGGACCAGCUGCCGCCCCCCUCCUACCUGCCGCCCCUGGCGCCCCGCUCACCCCUGGGGGGCGCCGGUAGCCUGUCCUGCCCCACCAGCCUCAGCGAGCAGGCCGCCGCCCCCCAGGGCCCAGCGCCCCCCGCCGUCGCCCCGGGCCCCGGCUGUUGGUCGCUGCCCCGCGACCCCCACGGAGCGCCGCCCCCCGACGUGGCCGCCGGCACGCCCGCGGUGCCCACCUCGGGGCACGAGCGGGGGGACAGCGCCCCCGCCGCCAUGGGCAGCGCGGGGGGCGGCGCGGGCGGCCCAGAGGAGCUCAAGACUCGCUCGCUGCCCACGCGCUGCCUGCACGGGGCACGGCCGCCCCUGCUGGCGCGGCGCACGCUGCUGCUGGGCGCGGGCGAGUCGGGGCAGGGCGAGGCGGCGGGGGGCGUGGCGGGGGGCGGCGGCGGCGGCGGCGGCGGAGGCGGGGGUGGCGCGGGCCUGCUGCUGGAGGAGGAUGGGUUCUACUACAGCCAACCGCUGCUGGACGAGCGUGACGAGGACCUCUACGGCUCCUCCGAGGACCUGGCGGGCCACAGCAUCCUCGAGAAGCUCAUGGUGUGGGCCUACUACACCGACGAGGACUCCACCGCCGAGGACGACGCUGACGACCUGCCCCACGGUGAGUGUCAAUUCGUCCACUGUUGCCACAUCUCGCCAGCCAAGGGUGUCAAGAGCAAUGGUGCUGCGCGGGGCGGGGCUGGCGGGGGCGGGGCGGGGGGUGGGCGCUCCCCUCCCCCCGAGCGCAGCAAGUCGUCCUCCAAGUUCUCGGCGCUGGGCAGACUCUUCAAGCCAUGGAAGUGGAAGAGGAAGAAGAAGAGCGAGAAGUUCGAGGCGGCGUCCAGAUCCUUGGAGCGUAAGAUCUCGAUGCGCGUUAACAAGGAAGAGUUAGUACAAAAAGGUAUAUUGCUACCUGACUCCCCUACCUCACCAGUGGCCGAAGAGAGCUGCCCGGACAAGGGUGAGGGCGUGAACGGCAGCGUGGGCGGCGGCGGCGACACUCAGGCGACGACGACGACGACGACCUCGCCGCCCAGCAGCGAGCAGCAGCAGGGGAGCGGCGCCCCCGCGGCCUUCAGCCCCCUGGCGGCGGGCACCACCACGCUCACCACCACCACUGCCCUCAGCGCCCCCCCCGACGCCCCCCCGCCCUACCACAGCCACCACCACAUCGUGGGCGGCGCGGCGGCGGCGGCGGCAGCGGCGGCGGCGGCGGAGCGGCCCGAGCGGCCGACCAGCCUGAUGGCGCCGGGGGGUAAGUGGCAAGGGAGGGCGGCCCAGGGCGCGGCGUCCCCCCUCGAGGCGCCUGACGCCUCCCUUGUGCCCGCUACUAACACCUCCACCACCACCUCCACCACCACUAUAACCACCACCACCACCACCACCUCCACCACCACCACCUCCAGCAGCGGCGGCGGCGGCGGCAGCAGCGGGGGAGGGGGCGGCACCACCAUGUGCGGGGGGCGCCACGCCCGCUGGCUGCUGUGUGUGCCCAGCAGCUCCGUGCCGGGGGACCACUACCAGCCCUCCCCCGGCCCCCCCCUCACCCCACACCACCCCCCCGCCACCACCACCACCUCCACCCCGUCCCACCACCACCACCACCACCAACACCACCACGGCCACCCCCCCGCCGCCUCGGCCCCCCGCACCCUCCCCUCCCCCUCCUCCCACUGCAAC